UUGAAUGUAUUUUUCAUUGAUAGCCAAGAUAAUGAGAGAAACAAAGGAUUCAUACUCUGGAGGCAGUCAAGCUCAGAGAAUUUGAUCUCAAGGAAACACUUUAAACUUAUUGAACAUCUAUGUAAGAAAAUGUUGAAAUUCGUUGGGUUGAUGUAUUUUCCAUUCACACAUCCGCCAUGGGAAAUGGAGAUCAAAGUUAAUGACGAUUGGAUGGAGCUGCUAGGAUGUGUAUAUUACAGCAUAGAAUAUUGGAAACAGCUGGAGCAGGCAACAAGAUUGCUUGGGCAUUUGGAAUGGGUCUAGAGCGGCUUGCGAUGAAAUUAUUUGAUAUUCCUGACAUUCGGCUUUUUUGGAGUGAAGAUGAAAGGUUCUUGUCGCAGUUUCAAGGAAACAAAAUUGUGAAAUUUCAGCCUUUCAGUAAAUAUCCGCCAACUUAUAAAGAUAUCUCGUUUUGGAUUUCCGAGAAAUACACAGCUAAUGAUUUCCAUGAAAUAGUUCGUUUAACAGCCGGAGAUAUCGUGGAAAAGGUUCAACUCAUUGACGAGUAUGUUCAUCCUGAUACAGGUCGUGUUAGCCAUUGUUAUCGUAUAACUUAUCGAUCCAUGGAGAAAACAUUCCGAGAUGACGAAGUGAAUGAAAUUCAAGAUUUUCUUCGUAAAGAGGUUUCCCGACAGCUCAAUGUGGAAUUACGAACAUAAGAUUCACGAUAGGAUCUCACGAACUGUCGACUUAGCGUUCUUCACCUUGUGAUUAAUGAGGAUCUUGCAUGACGCAAAGUCAGUUAUAUGUGAUUAAAAUGAGGUCAACAAAUGUGUGAAGAAGAGAAGAGCUUCAAAACUUUGUAGAGAGGAGAAAGAGUCUAAGAGAUCAAUGUUAAUGGUCUGUGUAGGAUACAAGAUUCAAUGUUGUUGCCGUUGGAAAAGUAUGAUUGAUUUGUACCGAACUCCGUGUUGAGUGAUGAAAUCGUAAGAAUUCAAUGAUAGCACUAUAAAUGAAUAAAUUUCAUCUAAAAAAUGA